AUGCUGGUUGCAAGCAACGACCAGAAGAAAUUAGAGGAAAUUACAGAAAAGUUGAGUGAAACCUUUGAGAUGAAGAAUCUUGGAGAACCCAAGACUUUUCUGGGAAUAACAAUAGAGCGAAACAAAGAAGAAAGAUAUAUGAGCAUUCAUCAGACGCAAUAUACUGAGAGAGUACUUGAAAAGUUUCAUAUGAAUGAAUGCAAGCCUCAGAGUACUCCUAUGGUCACUAGAAGGCAGAGCAACAAAAAGAGUAAAUUAGAAGAAAAGAAUUCUGAAAAAGAAGCUACAAGAGUACCCUAUAGAGAGGCGAUAGGAAGUUUAAUGUAUCUGGCUAAUGCUACACGAUCUGACAUAGCUUUUGCAGUAAAUUAUUUGGCGAGAAAACAGUUAGAGCCUACAGAAGAAGACUGGCAAGAUAUGAAAAGAGUCUUCAGAUAUCUUAGAGGAACUGCAAAUCGAGGAUUAACAUUUAGAGGUAAAACAGACGAGUUAGAGUCAUUGACAGAUGCUAGUUUUAGAGAUUGCAUUGAUUCUACAUCCACUGGAGGAUAUAUAAUCAAACUGUAUGGAGAUGUGAUAGCAUGGAGAAGCUAUAAGCAGAAUUAUGUUACACUCUCUACUUGUCAAGCAGAAUAUCUAGCGAUGAGCGAGGCCUGUCAAGAAGUAAUCUCGUUGGACAAAUCACUCAGAUAUGUUGUUGGAAGAACAUUCUUGCCUGUAACAAUCUGGUGUGACAAUAGAGCAGCGGGAAACUGCACUAAGAAGGAUGGAAGUCACAAACUUAAAACGUUUGAUGACGACUUAGAUGAAAUACAUAGAGAUUUGAGAGAAAGAGAAGAGACUGGAAACAGAAAACAUAUGGCUGACACUCAUGGAGAUUUUGUCAAACAGUGUGUUGACCAAGGGAAGGUGAAAGUCGAAUGGGUCGAGACCAAAGAGAAUUUGGCAGACAUAAUGACAAAACCUUUGCCUUUAGAAGCAUUAGCGUAUCUAAGAGACAAGAUAAUGAAUAUAGAGACUAGAGUCAGAGAAGUGCCGCGGAUCGCUCGCACAAAGGGAGGGAGUGUUGAGAGCAGAGCUUUGAACGAGCGAUGCGCUCCCGCCAUUAGAGAUGGCAGCUGCGAUGGCAUGUGUGCCGAGCGCCUCUCGUGCGUAUCUCUCGAUGCGCCUGAACGUGAGCAACCGUCGUGUGUUCACUUCUUCUGA